AUACACAAAUGGGCACACGAAACAAAGGCGCCAACGUCAGCCGUAAAGAUUUCUCCCUGACUGUUUCAUCUCCUUUAAGUUCUGACGAUGUGACGCACCUAAGUCCAUGCUCCCUGGCCCGUUCUCAACUGCCGCUAGAACGCCAUUGAGACCUAUGAUCGCCCUUGGGAAAGAUUCCUUCGCGACUACUCCAUACUGUUCUUUUCAGGCUUUCUGUUCCCUUCUGCAUCACAUCUGCGCCCAUCGCAUCUACCUGAUCAAUGUCUGUUUCGUCGCCAUGACUAUCGCGACAACUCAAGCGGGCAUCUUCGCCAUUACGAGGAACCGCCUCCUAGUAGCACUGUCGCUGGUUUUGACAUGGUGGUUCGCACACAUCCUCCCUCAUUAUCAGCCAGCCAUUGAGGCUGGCUUGUCUUCCAGACUCCAGCAAGCCAGGCAGAAAAUACCCAGCAUCAAGGUCGACUGGAACCCCUCCGCCGACCCCCGCGCGCGCUUUAAUCAGUCCAAGGUAGCCCUCAUGAUCGAGCCCCGCGUCAUCCCACAUCUUGUGCCUCAGAUCCUGCACAUGUCAUCCGUCGUUCCACCAGACUGGCGGUUCCUCUUCAUUGGCUCCAAAGAAACCGUUGUCAGCGUGGCGAGAAGCUAUGCAAUCAAGAACCAGCAGGUUGUAGGCAAGCUCGAUCUCAUGGUCCUACCUGAGCCCUGGCGAAUUGACACGAAGGAACACGUCUAUCGCCUCUUGACUGAUAUGCGGUUCUACGAUGAGUUUCUUCCGGGAAUCGAAUGGAUCCUCAAAUACGAGCACGACAGCAUUCUUUGCUCCAAUUCAAACUCCAGCCUGAACGAGUGGCUCCACUGGAGCUGGGCUGGCGCGUCACGGACGCACGAUGACAGGUUUUCAGGCAAUGGAGGCUUAAGCUUGAGACGCGUCUCUGCGAUCAGACGUGUUCUCAAGAUUCAGGAACGGUACAACGAUACAGAGCCAGAGGAUGAGUGGUUUGGGCGACGCAUGUGGAUCCUUCCCAACGCCAAGGUCGCAGCCAAGGAGGAUGGUGUGCUCGCAGUCGAAGACGUUUACAAGGAGAAUCCCAUGGGCUUUCACGUCCGUGACGGUGGCCAGUCCUUGAAUAGUGACGUCUGGAAGAAUGCUGCUCAGAGGAAGAACAUCUUCAACUACUGCCCCGAGCUCAGCCUUAUCAUGAACAUGAAGCUUGAGCGAGAGCGGUGCCCGGGCGAUGACCACGAAGGGCACAUCAUGCCAACAUUGUCCCAGAGUGCGGCAACGGAAACGGCCACGACAAAGGAUUAGGAAGAGAACAACCUUGAGCAGGAAGAAGAGCUACGAAAAGCAGAAGAAGCAGAUCGUCUCUGAAGUACCCGUCAAGACCUCAACUCUUCCCGAACUUUGCGCAGCAUAUAAAGAAUGUGCAAGCUUGGCCAUCGCGACGGCGACGGCGGUCAUCUAGCCGCGGGCUGCGGCAGGCCACUAUAUGGCGUUUGAUUCAUUCAGGGAUUUCAAGCACAGCAUUGUCGUAUGGCGCGUGGAAGAUGGACAGAUGUAUUUUAUGAUUGGGGACUCGUCAGUGGUGGCGAAUAGUGACGGCGCCGCCUUUGGGGUUGUAAUUCCUGUCUUUCGAUGUAUGAUCCAAUUAGAUAUAACGUUCUUUUUCAGAACAAUGAAGUGGACGCAUUGUGC